CGACCGCCAACUUUUCAGACGGAGACUCGAGGCGAGGUCGUCGUCGGCAAAUGCUUACGUCGCGUUGCGUCGCGUUGCGUCGUAUUCCGUCGCGUUGCGCGACAUUGCGUCCUGUUGCCUCCAAUUGCAAUGGUGGACCUUCAACAACACUCCAAUCUAUCCGACCAUUCAGCAGACAAACAUACAACCGUCCCGUCCCGUCCCGUCACACACACACACACACAUACACACACACACACACACACAGGUCUCGGGUUCGCGAUGUCGAAGCGACUGUUGCCUGACAAAAACGACACUGUUGUCCAAGUUAGGCUUUAUCACGUACCGGCUAGCCACCCCGGCAGGCAAUAAUCAUACAACACCAUCGUGGUCUUCAAUUCUACCAAUAUUCAUACAAAACCGUCACUACAGCUCCGUUUCACACAGGCCAAGACAUUCGCUUGUGCUGGGUGUAUUCGUUUGUGUGUGUGUGUGUAUGCGUGUCGCAAAAGGCACACUCGCCAACGGGACAUGUGAUGAGGUAAGUGUGUUUCCUCUUUUAGCUCGAACCGAGGCAAGUCGACAAAAAUGUCCACAACGACGUCUCUUUCUGGCAGAAGCUGCCGACUGGCAGGCCAGCAAAACGUCUAGCAAUGUACCAGGUCAACGUUCCGAUGCUGGAAAUCAUACGAAUAGCAGGUGA